AUGGAGGUGAAUUACAGCAAAUGUGCGGAAUUGGCCGGCAGCAGUUUCAGCGAGGUGCCGUCCAAGUAUGUGAACUACCACUUUAAGGGCGGCAAGUCGUCGAAAGUUGAGUGGAAAAAGAGCAUUACGGAGGACUCGAGCGUGUGCACGGUGCAAUUUGAGGUUCCUGGAGACAUCAAGGGCCCGAUCUACCUGUACUACAAGCUGACGAAUUUCUACCAGAACCACCGCAAGUACGUGGAGUCGUACGACUGGCAGCAGCUGCGCGGGAAGGCUGUGGAGCACGACGCGGUCAACAGCAAGUGCGACCCAAUGCGGUACCGAGACGGCAAGAUCGUGUAUCCGUGCGGGCUUGUUGCGAACUCGAUGUUCAACGACACGUUUUCGAGUCUGAGUGCGCAGUCUGGCGACGACUACGAGUUCAGUUCCGAGGGCAUCGCGUGGAGCUCGGACCUGUCGCUGUACCGGGAGUCGCAGUACGAUGUGGCGGACAUCGUGCCGCCGGAGAACUGGAUGCAGAGGUAUCCGAACGGGUACACCAAGGCGGACCUGGCUGCGCUGGCCAAAGACGAACGGUUUAUGAACUGGAUGAAGACGGCUGCGUUGCCGUCGUUCAUGAAGCUGUACGGGCGGAGCGACACGACGCUGAAGCAGGGCACGUACGCGGUGGACAUCGGGCUGAACUACGAGGUUGCGAUUUUCGGCGGAACAAAGUCGGUGAUUUUGUCCACGUCGAGCGUGCUUGGGGGCCGGCAUCUGAGUCUGGGUAUCUGCUAUUUGAUUGUGGGCGGGCUGAGCGUGGUGUUCAUGCUGGCGUUUUUGGUGAAACACCUGUUCACGCGCAAACAAACGGACCAUGCGUUUUUGGACGGGCUCGCUGGCCAGGAGCGCGAGGUGUUGUAG